AUGUAUUCCACCGAAGUAACAGCAUCUGGUAUAAUGCGAUUUGUUAAAGGGUGAGUAGCGGCCAGAGGGUAGGGAGAUGAGGGGGGGGGGUGGUGGCGCGUCAACGUUGCCGGAUGUUAAUCAAUUUUCCACCGGAAAUUUCGGUUUGGCGAAAUAACGACGGUAAUUUCGCACUCUUUCAGCGCUGCCCCUCAGUUUUAACCCACGGUUAAUUACGCGAAUAAACUAGCUUAAUUUCUCUUUGAAUCCUUCUUUCAUUGUGAGAGAAAGUUUCUGUUUCGAUGAAUUAUGAUUAACCCUCAUCACGUUGGCUGUCGCGCAAUGUUUAUAAUCUCGCUUUGCUUGCUCGGUAUAUUUUCACCCUGUUUAAUUACGUUUAAUUCGAUUGUUAUUUAUGCAUUUGUAGUUUCAUUUUAUUUGUAUUAUAUUUUAUUCCGUUAUCUUGUAAUGAUAUAUCUUUAAUCGUUCUUAAAAUAUUUACAAUUGGAAGUAUCGGUUGGUUUAAAAUUUAUUUUAAAUUGAAAAAUCGAUCAAACGAAAUAGUGAAAAAUGUAUCCUUAUUGGGAAAAAAUUCGUAAAUAAAAAUAGUGUAAUGUAAUUUGCACGAUUUGUAGUAUUAAUUUAACAAGGUGAAAAUGAGAAUCAGAUGGAUUUUCGAAUAUUCGAAAUUGAAACUAAAAUUGGGAAAAUUGGCACUUGAACUUUUGAAUUUUAAUAUGGAUCUUUUUUUUUGUUUAAUGAAACUCGUACGUCUAUUUUGAAAUGUCAAUGCAUCUAAUCAAUUGUCAAUUGUCUAAUCUCCGUUAAAUGGACGUUAAAAUCUUAAAAAAAAAAAAAAAAAAAAAAUGAGAUGACUAAAAGACGUAGAACACUUCAACUAAUAAAUAAAUAAUUUCAAACAUUAAUUUCCCUCGGUCGAUGAUUUUUUUUUUUAUCAUAAAUAUAUUAUUCUUGAGAAAUUUGUUAAUAGGUUUCUUUUUUUUUCCAGCGAAGGAGGAUCCUCUGGUGAAGGCAGCGAUCCAAGGCAUUCCAGAGGAGGCCGCGAAGAGAGGAGUGUUCCCAGAAGAUAUUCUUCGUGCAAGGUUCCUCAAGGUGGAACAAGUGGCCAGACGAUUGGCCAUGGUACCCGAGGAAGGUGCUUCGCUGCCUAUCUAUUUUCUUAGUUACCUUCAGAGCUUUUUGAUCAUCAAAAACGCCAAUCCCAUACCUCAGUAUGAAAUCGAGGACAAGCCCAUCGAUGUGAACAAACUGAACACGUACGAUAUCCUUCAUCGGGCCAGGUAAAUGCUUCUUUUGAUUUUAGCUUCGAUCUAUCGUACAUUGUUCUAAAAUUCGAUUUAUUCUCUUCUCACAAUACAUAUAUUUAGAUUUCUUUUUAAAUACGCGUUUAUAAUAUUUGUUUUAUUUUUUUUUUCGUUACUUUAAAUAUUGGUCAUUUUGUCAUUUGGCUGUUUAAAAUAUUUUGUCGUUAAAUUAUUUUUCAAAUUAAAAUUCUAAUCGUUUAUUUGAUUUUUUAUUUAACAAACAUGUUAGGCAAAUAGAUACUAUAAGUUACAGAAAUGUUACUUCGUUAUUCGCCAGUUUUCCAGUUAACUGAUCAAAUCAUUCAUCUUCGUCAUAUUGAAUUAUCAUUUAAAUUAUUAAAAUUCACUCUAUAUAAAUAUUUAUCUUGUUCAGAAAAUAA